UGAAAAUAAUCGACGUGUAAUUUUUUUUCUUCUCCAACUCAUUUUUCGAUUUUUCAUUCAAUAUUUCAAUUUAUAAAAAUGUCCACAGCCAAAGAAUUAGUUGAUAGUAUCAAUUCUACUGUUACAGAAUUUGUCAAUAAAACUGAUGGCUCCAUCAAACCUAAGGCUACACCCGAAGGAAUGGCCAUGGCCUAUGGAUCAUUGGUUAUAAUGGCUUUGAUUCCAAUUUUUUAUGGAUCUUUCAAAUCCGUAGGCUAUCAUCGUGAACAGAGAGAAUCUGGCGAACAGGUAGAAGCUAUGUCCCGUAGAGAAGCCGCUUUGUUUCCAUUAUAUGCAAGUGGUGCAUUAUUUGGUCUAUAUUUAUUUUUCAAGUAUUUUUCCAAAGAGCACAUCAAUCUUUUAUUGUCCAUCUAUUUUCUCGUACUUGGCGUGUGUUCUUUGGCAUCAGUUGUCAGCGAUUUUAUUGAAAGUUUUCUUAGAUCAAGAAACAUAUCGUUUUUGCGAUUGAACAAAUAUCAUUUAUUGUUGACUCAAAAUACCGUUGACAUGUUGAACAUGGAAUUUGAUUCCAAAGAUAUUUGCGCUUUCAUGGCAUGUUCAGGCAUUGGUGCAUGGUAUAUCAUGAAAAAGCACUGGAUAGCCAACAAUCUGUUUGGUUUUUCAUUUGCAAUCAAAGCAAUCGAAUUCAUUAAUUUGAACAAUGUUGUAACGGGAUGUAUUUUGCUUUCUGGAUUGUUUGUCUAUGACAUUUUCUGGGUAUUCGGUACCGAUGUAAUGGUUACUGUGGCCAAAUCAUUUGAUGCUCCAAUUAAAUUGAUAUUUCCACAAGAUUUUCUGGAGAAUGGAGUGAAUGGAACACAAUUUGCAAUGCUUGGUUUGGGUGAUAUCGUCAUACCAGGAAUAUUCAUAGCAUUAUUAUUACGUUUUGAUGUUUCAUUGAAUCGUGGUCGACAUGUUUAUUUCUAUUCCAGUUUCAUUGCUUAUAUAUUCGGUCUAUUUUUGACCAUGGCUGUGAUGGUCUAUUGGAAGCAUGCACAACCAGCUUUGCUUUAUUUAGUACCAUGUUGCAUUAUUUUCCCAUUUAUAUCGGCUUUAUUCCAAGGAGAUCUUGUUCGUUUAAUCCGAUAUAGUGAAGAUUCUAAAGAAAUUGACGAAUCAUCUAAAAAAGAAAAUUAAUUCCUUUAUUAAUUCUUUUUCUUUCAAUUGAAUAAUUAACAAUUAAUAAACACAAAGUAUUUAAUUCAUUUUUAA